CGGUUGGGUCCCCUCUUCUGGGGCGGUUGGGUCCCCUCUUCUGGGGCGGUUGGGUCCCCUCUUCUGGGGCGGCCACCCUCCUCCCCCCUUGUCCCUGUCCCUCUCGGCGGUGACCCCGGGAGUCGCGCCCUCUUUGUGUGGGGAGACCCCAGCACCUCCCCCGCCCCCCCCCUUCCCCCCCGCCCCCGGGUGGGUGGGUGGGUGUGUUUGUGGUAUUUUCUUUGUGGUGCCGCUGUGAAAUCUUGCCUUACAGAAAAAGGGAGGAAGAGGAAGGUUCCCCUGAGGAAAAGCUCUUUCCUCCCCCCGUGUUGCCGCUUCCCAAGGGAUGGAGCCUGGCCGAGGAGAGCUGACGCCUGCCCCCUCGCUCGCAGGAGAGCGGCGCGGGAAGAUGGAUGAAGGGAACGUGUAUUCACCAGAUGGGGUGUUUGCUCAUCUGGAAGUGCUGGAGAUGCGAGCUCGUGAGGCAGCCUUGAAACAGGAGGAAGCAGAGAAGCUGGCCAAGCUGAAAGCAAGAGUGCAGGAGCUGAAACUCCAGAGGGAUGAGCUGCGGGCUAAAGUGGAUCUGCAGCAAAACAGGCAACUUGAGAAAAAAGGAGUUGUGUCGCAUCCAGCGCAGCCCAGUGCUCAGGCUGUUUUAGAGUGGAAGAUAAAAAGCGUUAAGGCCAUGUUGCAGGUCUUUUACCUCACAGGGAUCAGUGGGAAGCCGACCAGGCGGGGAGUGUGUUUCUGCAUCAGCACUGCUUACGAGGGCACGUACUUGGAUUCUUACUACCUGCACCUGCUCACCCAGCCGAAAGUGCAGAUUCAUCACCACUCCGUCCCCACCUUCAUCCCCCUGGAGCAGAUCGCCAAGAAGUACUUGCAGACGGACAUCAGGCGCUUCCUGUCCGUCCUGUCCGACCACCUGAACGCUUACGCUGGGAGGAGGUACCAGGCAGACCAGUUACAGGAACACUUUUCAGACCAGAUAGAAGGAACCUUGCAGAGGAACUCCUUGUGUAACUUGCUGGUCUUCAAUUACAACGUGUCGAGUAAAAGCAAGACCUUUCCAUUCAACGUGAGGCUGUUUUACGGAGAUCUCUGUUGCAGCAUCCCCACUAAAGUCGUCGUUUCCUGCACACCGGAGGCUCCUGCGUCUCUCGCAGCGACGGCAGCAGCUCACUCGGAUCUGUUUUGCUGCACGGCCCUGCACAAAGCCUUCCGCUCCUUCAGCGGCGCGGAGGAAAUCGCGGCGGGAGCACCCUGAGCCACCCUGGCUCUCAGCGACGCGCCUCUCCUGCCUGGGGAAGGGGGGGGGACUCCUCUCAAAACGCAGAUGUUUUCCGUGGACUGCAGCCCUGCUGCUGUGAACCACCCCCCCAACCCAGCCCCGAGGAGCAACUGGCUCCGUUUGGAUCUCGAGAGCGACGUUUCCUCGAGGCUCUCAGGUGUCUGUUGUUGCAGGUGAUUUUUCCUCGGCGCCGUGCUUCUCGCUUGCUCGGGGGCUGAUCUCUGCGGUUGGUGCCGCAGAACUCGCCAGCUGCGGGAAACACCUCGCGGUUGGGAUGAGAAACGGGAUUAAAACUGCACGAUCUCGGCGCUUUGGGGGUGAUGCACCAUGGACCAGCACCCGGUGCACCUCAAAACGAGGGGAGCGAGCGGAAUAAUCUGUUCCCUGCUUGCUACAGCCACGAAAGGACGUCGUGUUAGAAGCUGGAAGGAGUCGAGGGACGAAAGUGAGGUUUCCUUAUUGCCAGCAGCAACGCGUGCUCUCAUGUGCUAAGCCCCCCAAAGCAUGAACACUGAACCUUCCAGAAAACUUCACACCAGCAGUAGCUUUACACAUGCCAUUUCCUUCCCUUCAGGCGUGGGGCAGACCUGCAGGUGUCCCAUCCUUGUGCUUCAGGUCUGGAUCAGCUCUUUAAAAUCUUGUUUUGUCGCAGUAUUUCUUAAAUUUGUUACCAAAACUGUGGUGUUUAAAAAAAUCUUCUACUGAUCUUAGCUGUAUAACGUGGUUUAAAUAACAUUCUUUUCUCCUGUCUCGUUUUUGCGCCGGUCCCAUGUUGUGAUAAGGCACAGGGACAGCACUUUAGAAUGCUUUAAUUGCUUGUGUCAUUAUUAGAGCUGCUUGUCCGGAUUGAACUGGACAACUCGUUUAAAUGUAACCUCCAGCUUCGCAGUGCGGCAGCUCCAGGGAGCGAUUCCUGCCCCUAAUACUCAGAGCUUCUUGCGGAGGAAGGCUCGCGAGGCCGGCACCUCGCAGCUCCAGCUGUUGCAGAAGAGCUGACGGCUCGUGGGCUUCUGAGUAUCUGCUCCUGAUGCAUCAUCGACGGGCGUUUUCAUUGCCCUGCAUCACUUUUAAGUCUGCGGGUGUGCUUGCUUCGGUGAAAAAAAUAUUUGGGAAGCGGAGGGAUUGCUGCUUGGCGCCUCGCCUGUGCCUGAGGGCAGCUGCGAGUUCGCCAAGGAUAGAUUUUUGGUGUAAAUCACUGCCCUAACCUUGUGCACCUGAGGGGAGACAGAGCCCUGACCUUGGCGUGGGGUGAAGGUCUGGGCUGUCUUUUUGGGGGGGAAAGCCCUGGGAACCGGGGCACUUAAGCUGCCAGGGUGAAGUGUGCUGCAGCUUGUCCCUGCGGAGGCUGCGACAAAGCUGGGCUUAACCCAGGUCUGGGGCGCAACCCCCCAGGUCCCGUCACACCUCCAGGCUUCCCUCGGGGGGGCUGGGAUUUACAUUCCCAUCUCUUUUGGGGGGGGGGGGGGUACUCGGCUGAGCCCCAACGCGAAUGCCACCAGCCACCCCUUUGGGGACCCCUCCAAACCCCCCCCAUCCCCCUCGCAAGGCUGGCCAAACCCUUUUUUUGCCGUAUCCACAACCCCCAGAACAAAGCAGGCGCAGAAUCAGGCUUUGAAAUUCAACUGCUAUUCAAGAAACUAGCGGUGUAAUUACACUCUGGGGGUGCCUGCCUUCUUCCCCCCCCCCCCUCCCGGGCCCUGGCAGGGGUGGGUUCAACACCCCAGGCCCCUCUUAGGCCGGGCCCCGCUCCUUUCAUCCAUCAAGCACCAACAAAGUGACCGCAGGGUGCGUGGGGCAGCGUCCGGACGAGGGAGGGAACGGGCACAGUUAAAAAUAUAAAUGUCAAUCUGUACUCUUAUAUAGAUUUAUAUAUCUGAAAUACACGGUUAUCGGUUCCUUUUU